GGGGCCACUGAGGGAAUUGAGAGGAUGCCGAGGCCUCUCCCCUGACUCUGGGACAAGUGGCACCUCACGUCCAACCUCCCCCCUCAUUCCCCAGCUCCGGGUGGGGUCCAGGAAGCAGCCCAAACUCGGUGAAGCCAGAACUCACUCGUCCCCUAAGUGCCCCUGUCUCAGUACCUGGAACUGCUCUCCCAGCUCCUCAGGCCGCAGCCCUGAGAGUCAUCCUCGACUGUUCUCUCCUCUCCACAUCCACAUCCCAUCCUUCAGCAAACCCCGGCAGCUCCUCCUUCAAAAUAUUUCCAGAACCCUCCUUUGCCCUCUCGUCCCUGGCCCCUCCCUGGGCCUGUCCACUGAUAUCUCCCAUUUGGAGAGUCGCGGCAGUCUGUCGGCCGUCUUCCUGCUCCCUGUCCCCCGCACAAAGCCAGAGGGACCCUGUGGACACCUGCGUUGGGUCACAUCCCUCCCUGCUCAGGGCCCUCCUGUGGCUCCAUCUCACUCAGGGGAAAGCAAGCUGUCACCAUGGUCCACGGGGCCCCACGUGACCUGCCCCCCACCUUCCUCUUCAACCAGCCUCUUCCCUGUCGUGCUCUGGCCACCCCCCAACCUGCCUUGCUGUUCUCAUCCUCAGGCUUAUUCCCAGCUCAGGCCUCUGCACUUGCUAGACCGCUCCCUGGCUACUCUCCCCUAGAUCUUGUGCGAUUGCUUGCAUUUUGUCACUCAGGCCUUAGCCCAGAUGUCACCUCCUCCGAGAGGACUUCCCUGACCAGCAUGGCCAAAGUAAAAACCCCAGCACUCAGCAUCUAUGCCGCUGUGCUGUGCUGCAGCCUCCUUCCUUGAGUGUUGUCUUUCCCCAUUCUCAGAUGUCUGCUGCAAGAGGCCAGGGAAGUUUGCCAGUAGCCCCAUCCAUUGUUGUAGCACCAGGGUCUAGAAGAGGACUGGGCAUGUAAUGGGCGCUCAACAAAAAUGACUGGGAUGAAGGAGCUCGGACCUGUGUAGUUCGCAGUGCCAAGCACUGCCCAAGCUAACAUGUGCAUUAACUGAUUUAAUCUUCCCCAUCAAGCUGUGGAGUAGGUUGUCACCAGCCCUAUUUCACAAGUGAGGAACAGGUCUUAGAUUAAGCAGUUGUCCCAGGGCUGCACAGCUGGUAGUGGAGGAGCUGGGACUCAGGUGGGGCCCAGAUACAGCUCUGAGGAAGUAGAUUUAUGAGACUCACUUUCCAGAGGAGAAAAUGGGCCAAGGAAAGGAAGGAGUUGCCUGAGGUUGGUCUGUAAGUGGCUGCCUCUGGAUUCAAACCCAGGUCUCGCCUGCCAGUGGGGCCUUAAGCUCAUCAGACCCUGUUUACCUGGGCAGAGAAUCCCCCCCCCCGCCCCCGCGCUGGAGCUCAGGGGCUGGAAGCUGGAGGGGAGGGUGCAGGGAGUGGGCCCCCAUGAAUAAUUGAGGGUCUCAGACGGGUCUCCGCCCCGCAGCUGUUGCCCUCCAUCUGGCGGGAGCGGGUGGUGGUGACGUCACUUCCUCCCGUGGGGGCCACUGGGGGCGCGGGUUAUAAGGAGCUGCCUCCCCGGCCGCACGGUGCGAGGACCCUGGUCCGGACGCCCCGCCAUGCAGCGCCGCGAGCCCACCGUGCCGCUCUUGCUGCUGCUGCUGCCUCCUCUGCUGGCGCUGCUGCUCGGGGCGGCCACCGCGGCUCCCCUGGCACCGCGACCCUCUGAGGAGGAGCUGACCCGCUGUCUGGCAGAGGUGGUCACAGAAGUGCUGAUGCUGGGCCAGGCCAAGCGAGGCCCCUGCAUGGCUCUGCUCCACAAAGAAAUGUGUGAGACAGAGUCCUGCGGCUGUGGGUCCACUGAAGAGAAAGGCCUCCUGGUUGGGGAUUUUAAAAAGCCAGAGGCUGGGAAGACAAGGUCCAGCCAGGAGGUGAGGGACGAGGAAGAGGAGGCAGCAGAAAGGACCCACAAGGCCGAAGUGCGGGAACAGGCCAUCCGCGAGCAGCUCCACGGCUGGCUGCACCAGGAGGACCACAGAAGGGAGGAGGAAAAGGAGAGGGGGCCCGUGGAGACCAUUGAGGGCCCGUGGAAGCGGGUGGCAGAGCAGACCAGCGAUGAGGAGACGGCCCAGUUCGAGGCAGAGGAGAAGGGGGUGGAGGUGCUGGGCAGGGGCCACAGCCUGUGGCCGGGGGCCGAGGCGGGUGGAGAGAGGCACGAGGACCGCCACCACCUCCACCAGGCAGAAGCUGAGCCCAAGCAGGAGAAGAGAAAGGCUUCGGACAGGGAGGAGCAUGACGUGGAACGGCUGGAGCACACGAGAGAUGAGCUGAAGAAGGCGACGGAGAUGCUGGGAGAGGAGCUCAGGAGGGCGGGCUGACCCCUGACCUCGUGUCCUCCUUCCUCACACACCCUACGGCUUAGGACUGUUGACACCCAAACCCUUCCAGUCCGUCACCCCAUUCUGCUCCCCAACCUGUAGGAGUGGGGAGAAGGGUGCGCCUUGAAACCAGGCCUGAGGGGCCAAGUCUGAGCUGGGUAGAGGGGCUGGGCUCAGACUGACUCAGGAAACAGCCCUGACACCCGUCUAACGCAGUCCAACCCUCCCGAGUGAAUAAAGCACAAAGAAAACCA